AUGUCGUACAACCCGCGCAUGAGCAUCAUCCCCCCGACGCAAACCCAGUCGCGAACCCGCAAGAAAGAAGAUGAAGCCGACGCGUUCAUGCGCCUCCCCGACAAGGAGAUUGUCGGGUGCAUAACAGACAUCGGCAUCCCCUUCACUGUUGCAGAUCUCCAGAAGCCCAACCCUCUCCAAGUCCAGAUGAUCUUCGAAUGGUUCGCCGAGCUGCUCCUCAACGCGACGAGGGACACGGUCGAGCCCGCCAUGCGCGCCGCCGCCGAGGACAUCUGCGGCGAGUACUCCGACGUCGUCCCCCCGGACACCCGCAACCUGAUGGGCUUCUACGUCUCCCUCCGUGGUCUGCUUGCCGAGUGUGGUGUGCAGGACUUUAGCUUCAAUGAUCUUUACAAGCCGUCGUACGACCGCCUCGUCAAGAUCUUCAGCUACCUCAUCAACUUUGUGCGCUUCCGCGAGUCGCAAACCAGCGUCAUCGACGAGCACUUCAACAGGGCGGAGACGACCAAAUCCCGCAUCGAGAGCCUGUACUCGGAGAACCAAGAGAUGGAGUCGCGCCUCGUCGACAUGAAGCGCAAUCGCAAGGCUAUGGAAGCCCAGGUGCGCGAGAAGACGACGCGCAACGAGGAACUGAAGCAGAGGCUUCUGGAACUGCGUCGCAACCAGGAGCGCGUGGCGGCUCGUUUAGAAGACGCCAAGGUCAAGAAGACAGAGCUCACAACAGCACUGGAAGAGAAGACGGCGCAGAAGCUAGGCAUGAAGCAAGACUGCACGAAGCUGCGGCCCUACGUCAUGCAGAGCCCCUCGACGCUGCAGGCCACCCUCACGGAGCUGAGCAACACGCUCAACAGCGAAAAGGCGCAUAUCGAGGCCCUCGACCGCCGCUCCCGUGCGCUACAGACUUCGGCCGAUUCAUUCUCGGUCGUUUCCACGGACGUGGCCUCCUGCAUCAAGGUGCUCGACGAGAUCGGCGUCGAGCUGGCCAAGGAGGAGGAGGAGAACCUGAAGAAUGUUAAGCAGCGGGAUGCUCUAUCGGAGCGCGGUAACAACGUGCGAGAAGUCGAGCGGACCGAGGCGCUGCUGCAGCGACAGCUGCUCAAGUGGAAUGAGCGUACCGAAAAGCUCCGCGAGCAGAGUUCCACCAAGGCACAGGAGGCCAAGGAGAAGAUGGAGGAGCUCCGUGCCGUCCACCGCAAGCUGACGGAAGAGCGGACGGACAAGGGCAAGGAUAUCGAGAGGCGGCGUGUCCGCAUCGAGCAGACCGAGAAGAAGAUGCUGGACCUCAAGGAGAACAUCGAGAACGAGAUCCACAGCGCCUACGACGAGUUUCUCAAGAUGGACUCCCAUAUCAAACUUUACAUCACCGAGAUGGAGCAGGCCCUCUAA